AUGAGUUGGUCUUGGUUGGGUUCAGAUGAUGUUGAUGAAAACGAUGAAGGAAAUGAAGAUGGAACUGGAAUGGUAGUUCUAGUAACUGGAUUCAUUGUCCAGUCAAAUUUGUAUAGUGCUGGUCAUAGUGACUGGUUACAUGUACAGUACAUGUAUUAUGUUUGAAUCUUGUCUAUUAAGGCCUAAAAAAAAUACCUGUGGUUCCGGUUUAAUAUCGCGAAAAAAUUAGGGUCGAUAGGUCGGAAAUAAUUUUUUUUAAAAUAUUUUUUCAUGGUUUUGGCGGUUUUUUGAUGGGCGAUUUUCAGUAGAGUCCCGACAUCAAUAUUAACUAGAGAUGCGUAUUUCCUAUGGACGAAUUUAGGCAAUUUGGUUCAAUAAUUAGUGUGACAACAGACGCCAUUUUGGCACGCUGUAUAAGCAGCCCGCAACUACUCGGAGAAAAUAGGGUCGCACAGUCAAUCGCGUUGAAAAAAUACUGAGGGUCGGCAGAAAAAAAUAGGGUCGAUCGGGAACCGGCCUAAUGCUGAUUUUGUUUAUAGAGUUGACCAGUUAGAAACUGUGUUUGCCUGGUUACAAAAGGAACCGUGCAUACAAAAGGAACUGUGCAUAUUUUAAAUGUUUUACAGGGGGGAGGCAAAACUAAGAUUAGGGCCCUGGGUGGCCUUCCAAAAUAAAUCCAAAUGCAAGAUCUACAGUAAAGUUAGGUCACUCAAGGUUAGGGCCCUGAGUCUGAGCCACUACUGUAUAACUAGUUGUGCCCGCAGGCGAAAUGUCCCCCCGGCAUACUGUAUACAGUAUGUUAAAAUGGAUUGGGCUAGCUGUUCACCAUUAUCAGCGUAUCAUGCAUCAAUGUACAAUAAUUAACAGUUAUUGAAUGAGGUUGAGCAUGAUAUGAAGAAUUAUCAAGACCAAUGUUUGUGCCGAAACUGAGGCGGAUAACACGAAGUGGACAUUCAUUAUUUUUACACACAAAUUUAUUCCAUUGAAUGUUAUAGUUUUAGCAGUCGAUGCCAGUUAAUUACUAUCAUAAUGUUGUAUCAUAAUCAGUUACUAUCAUAAUGUUAUAUCAUAAUCAGUUACUGUCAUAAUGGUACUAUAAUGUUACUAUAUAUUACUAUCAUAAUGUUGUAUUAUUGUAUCAACAGUCCCCAAUAUUGUAUUUUCUAUUUGUUUUAUUUCAGGGAUGGGGCAAUAAAGAUAGCCUGAUAUUUCUCAUUGAUUGUUCAAAGUCAAUGUUUGAAGGUGGAGAAGAUGAGAAACCAUUUCAGUUGUGCUUAAAGGUAUAGUACUGCGCAGAGUCAUCCACGUGCAUAAAUAGGAGAAAUAUAAAAAGAAACAAAUUCCGAUUAAUAAUUCCAUCAAGAUUUGAAUUAACACAAGAUGAACGUUUGAAACACUGAAUUUUUUACUGUAUUACAAAGUCAUAUUCACAGUUUCAAAGUUCAUAUCUUGUAUUAAUUCAAAUCUUGAAUUUGAAGAUGGCUUAUUAUUUGGAAUUUGUUUCUUUUUAUAUUUUCCUAAAUUGUUUUUAAUAGGGGAAAUGUUUCACGCAUUGAGGACUAAUUUUCUCUCAAAGUUUCACUGGCUGUUUUAUCAAACUACUUAGUGAAGUUUAAACAUCCUUUAAAGACUUUGAUCAAUGCACACUUCAACUGUUCUUGUCAAUGUUUGAUCAUGCAAAAUAAAUUUGAUCUUCAAAACUUGUCUGAGUCCAGCACAGCAUUAUUUGUACCCCUGGGUCAUCGACGAUUGCUUGCAAAGUUUAUCUACUGUACAGGGUUCUGCCCACGGUGGGCGGCGGCGGGCGGCAGUGCCCAGCACUUAAUAGUACCGCCCAGCACCAAACCAAAACGGACUCUUCCGCCCAGCACAAAAACACGCCAGAAAUAUUUGUAAACAUGAAAAUUAUCGUUGCCAUUUUGAAAUUUCUAAAUAAAAUUUAUGUUUCCGAGUAAAUUAUCGCGCCUGCGAUUAAUUUUAUGGCAUCUACCGCUGUAAUAAUUAGAAAUUUCAAAAUGGCGACGAUAAUUUUCAUGUUUACAAAUAUUUCUGGCGUGUUUUUGUUCCGGUGCGAAAGAGUCCGUAAAAUUUGAAAAUGGCGCGUCAACAAGACAAGCAAAAUUAAUGCUGUCUCUCUUUAAGAGGGCGGGGGAGGUUAUAACUUGUAGGGCCCUGGUCAUGAAAUUUGAUAAAUGUACGCGGCACUCUCAUUGUCCUGGGCAGAACCCUGUUACUGUAGGUUUGUCUUACAAGAUACAAUGUUAAUGCAUGUUUCCAUUUUGAUAGAACAAGUGUAAAAUCACUAAUGUCAAAUGCCCAUUUCAUGAAGGGAUAAGUUGUGCUACUGUAUAUAUUAGAUGUAAUUUGUCCAUUCACUGGAGACCUAGACUGGCCUUUGGCUAUUUGGUUCAUUGAAAUAGCCGACAGCUAUUUCAAACAACAACCUUGAACUUUUCCCUAAGAGUCCCUAACCCUGAUGGGCCAUCAUCCUAACUGGUUUUGCCACCAACUGUAUUUGCAUGUGAGGAAUACAUCUUGAAAUCCCAAACACAGUACCCGAGUCAGCGCGUACAGUACAAGCCGGGUGCACAUAAACUGCCCGACUACGAAAUUUUGCUUGAAAAGUGUUAUGUUUAUAAUGUUAAUGUAGGUAAUUAGGUGUAUCUAUGUUAAUUAUAUUAUGUUAUACAAUCCUGUGUUAUUUAAAUUUCUGUCUAGAUUUUUGUAUAAAUGCGAAGAGCAUAUCUAAUAAAAUGUUAGUUGAUUUUAAAAGUCUUUUGGUCUAGGAAAUAUAAAAAAAACAAUUGAAAUUUUAAUACUUGCUAUUACUUGAGCAUGGUUGACAGAAUGAAGACAAUGGCUAUACCGGUCAAAUGACGUUUGCACAUUAGUAUGUCCGGUCAUGGACAAACAGCCACUCCCUUAUGUUAUCGUGACUUAUGAUCCAGCAUCAUCUUUGUAUUAUAUAGUGUGCAACAUGUACUAUGAAGAACAAAAUAAUUGGAAGUGAAAAAGAUUUGUUUGGAAUUGUUUUCUUUGGAACA